CAAUGCAAGUCACAAACGAGCGUCUGUCUCUAACAACCAGUGGAAAGAGGAGAGUGAGGGAUCACUGUUAAAUAUGAGAGGUUAAUAAGAAGGCUUCUGAGAUCUUUGCCUGCUGCUCUGAAGAAAGACUCGAGAAACAGAAGCUCAGGCCAGAUAAACUCGACUUUGGCGGCAACAGAAGAAUUUGUAGUAUUUAUCUUUUGGUUUUCUUGAACAGAAGAAAGCCAGGAAAUAACGCACGGCUGACAUUUGAAAAAUUGCACAAAAAAUGAAGAGGAUGGCUCCGUCUCUGUUGCAGGCGUACAGGAGGCGCUGGUGGAUGGCCGUCACAGCCGUGUUGGAGAAUCUGUCGUGUUCGGCCGUGCUGUUGGGCUGGGGCUCUCUGCUCAUCAUGCUCAAAGGACAGGGCUUUUACUCCCACCUGUGCACAGAAAAUAAGACUGAGGGUGUGAACGCUAGCGCACCAGAUGAUUGGCUGAGUUGUGUGGAACAGGAAGAAAUGCUGAACUUGGGCUUCACCAUUGGCUCAUUCCUGCUCAGUGCUGCCACAUUGCCACUGGGUAUAUUGAUGGACCGGUAUGGCCCCAGGCCUCUUCGCCUUACUGGAAGUGCGUGUUUUGCGCUCUCUUGCGUGAUUAUGUCCAUAUCAUCAUAUCAACCAGAAGUCCUCUCUGCUCUCAUUUUUCUGGCUCUUUCACUCAACGGCUUCGGAGGGAUCUGUCUGACCUUCACAUCUCUCACGCUGCCAAACAUGUUUGGAAGUCUGAGCUCCACUGUGCUGUCACUGAUGAUCGGCUCCUACGCUUCAUCGGCUGUCACCUUCCCUGGAGUCAAGCUGAUAUAUGAUGCCGGGGUGUCGUUUACUGUCAUCAUGUGGAUGUGGGCCGGCCUGGCAGCUCUGGUCUUUCUCAACUGUUUUCUGAACUGGCCAGCAGAAGGCUUUGCUACACAAGAAGAGAUUGAGAUUAGGAAAAAGAUGCAUUCAACCGAAAACCACAAAGUAUGGUCUGAAGAGGCGACGGGAGAAGCAGAGAAACUGCCGGCUGUAGCUCAGGACGCACAAGCUUCUGUCCCGUUCCGGCACUCCGUGUUCUCUCCCAUCUUUUUGUGGAGUCUGGUCACUAUGGGAAUGACUCAGCUGAGAAUCAUCUUCUUUAUGGGAGCCAUGAACAAGAUGUUGGAGUUCCUGGUCAUCCACGGAGAGGAGCACCCCUCUAAAGAACUGGUGCAUGAGGCUGAGGAGAACGUGAGCUUCUACUCGUCCGUCUUUGGCACGCUGCAGCUCUUGUGUCUGGUCACCUGUCCUCUGAUCGGAUACAUCAUGGACUGGAAGAUGAAAGAGUGUGAGGUGGAUCAGAAGACGGUGCGCCGGGGAGAAAAAGAAGUUGUUUCAGUACCGAAGCGUGACAGAAAGAUCCAGAAGCUGACCAAUGCCAUGAGAGCCUUCAUCUUAACUAAUGUGCUGCUCAUUCUGUUUGGUGUCCUCUCACUCGUAGACAACCUGCCUCUACAGAUUCUGACGUUUAUUUUGCACACUAUGGUGCGAGGUUUCAUUCACUCGUGUUGUGGAGGACUGUAUGCUGCUGUGUACCCAUCUAAUCAUUUUGGCACACUAACCGGGCUGCAGUCUAUGAUCAGUGCAGUGGUGGCUCUGCUGCAGCAGCCUCUCUUCAUGGUUAUGUUGGGAACUCUGAACGGAGAUGCUUACUGGAUCAAUGUGGGGCUUCUGGUCCUCUCAUUGGCCGGUUUCCUGUUGCCGGGGUAUUUGUUCUACCAUCGCAGACAGCUUCUUCAGACGAAGGCCGGAGGAAAAGCGAACAGACACGCUCCUGUUGAGAAUCAAGCUCUAAACCAGCCGCUGACCAACGGUCACGUCCCGCAGGAAGCCUAACUCAAUAACAGAGCAUCACGGGACUGUCACGGGACUCUUCACAUUUCAGCACGCUACAGCAAACCCUGCCGUUUCCCUCAUUUAAACACGCAGCUUUUUCGUUUUUUGUUGUAUGAGAGACAUUAGGCUGAUGGCUGUGAAAUCAGCAUCAGAUCAGUAUUGUCUCUUCCGAUGAUCGGCUGUCUCAAAAUAUGAGUAUUCGUCUUGAAAGUCUGCCUGCGAAGCGAAUGCAAUGGUUUUUUAGAGAGAUAUUUAUUGGACUGCACACACAUGGCUGUGAUUGAUGGACUACCUCUGUGGCUGUCUGUUCAAGAGUGAUGAUUGUUGUAUAAUAGUGUCUGCUUUUCUGUCUUUCGGAAACUUGGGAAACAAUCAACAGGAGCUUUUCAGCUGCCACCAAAGACACUGCUAAUGGAGCUUUAUAAACCUUCGGUUCACUACGUUAAGUGUUAUCCCAAAGCUAAAACAUUUCAGGCAGAUUUAAUGAGAUUUUUAUAAAGCAACAGAAAUUAAUGUUUGUGUGUCUAUUCCGAUUUUUCUGUGCAUUCUAGUUUCAUAGGCACUGGAAGGGAAACGUAUUUGUGUAUUUCUGGAGCUUAAAGUAGACGUGCUCUGUAAAUAGCAUGAUGUGAAUUCAUAUUUGCUUGAAUGUGCAGGAAGCAGGGUGGGUUAAUUGGGUUUUUUAAAGGUCAGGAGAGGAACUGAUGAUGUGCUUACAGCGGUCUCUCUUUCAGAUGUCAGUAUGCAUUUAAUGUUUUGUGUGAAACUAGUGCCUUGUGUUAUUAUUGAAUGUCACAAUUCAAAUCUCACAGUGAGAGAAAUGUGGGAAACCAAAGCCAUAUGGAUGCAAUAAAGCCAUAUGAGAUCAGAAGAGAAUGUGUGAGAGGAAGAAAGCAUCCAGAGUGCAAGAAUAUUAGAUUUGAAGCACCAAAAACAAUAAAAUAUGCAAACUGUUACUCUGCAUUGUUCACUGGAGUCUUGAUUGAGUUGACACUUGAAGCAUGUCGUCAUCUGGUGGUGCCUGCAAUUAAAAAAAAAAAAAAAAACUAUGGGAGAUUCAAUACUUUAUGCAGUGUUAUUUUA